CACAAUAUGGCGGAUAGCAGUGAUGGCAGUGACACUAAUAGCAGUGACACUAAUAUCAGUGACACCAACACAGAUAGCAAUAAUGAUAGUUCCUCAGAAGACGAAAAAGUUUUGCUAUUGAUUUUGUUGUUGAGAAAGCGACGGAGACGUUUGAGAGCUGUACAUCGUAAGUUGUGGACAAAGCGAUGGAUCCAAAGAAGACAAUCGCAAGGAGUAUUUAACAAUCUCGUUCGAGAAUUAAAUGCAGAGGAUCCAGAGAAAUUUCGACAAUUCCAUCGACUUGAUCGGGAUUGCUUUGAUAAUAUCUUACAAUUGGUUCUGCCUUACAUUACUAAGAUGGAUACACACUUGAGACCAGCAGUGAAACCUUGCGAGCGUCUAUCCGUAACUUUGCGUUUCCUCGCCACAGGAGAAACAUUCAGGAGUUUGUCAUUCCAGUUUCGUAUCGGUGAACGAACAAUUUCUGAAAUUGUGGAAGAGACAUGCCAAGCUCUGUAUAUGUCUCUAAAACAACAAUAUUUGAAGGUAAUAAAAGUUUUAAUAGGCAAUAUAUUGAACAUGUCACUUUGA